GUCCAUUUUGUGUCUCCUGCACCCUCCACCCUUGGCCCCCUGGCUGCCAGGCAUCACACCAGUUUAUAAGGACGCAAAAAAGUUGUCGAGUGAACGGACUGAAAGAGGAGGAGAAAAAACGGAACCUUUCCCACUUUCCAAAAAUCACGGGGAGUGACUGUGACAGAAGGAAGGGGACAGAGAGAGAGAGAGCGCUGAAGAAGCCUUCGCAGGACUUCAUCACAUUUAUUUCAGGACUGCACGGACCGGAACGGACAACUAACCAAUCACUAGACUGGAUUGGUAAUCAAUAGCGGUGAUUAGUAGCGGAGUGAGAUCUGUUGCGGGAGACUCUUGGAGGAGCAUGCGGCUCAGUUUACUAUUCAGGCUCUAUGUGCUGUGGGGCUUUGUGGUGGUCGCAACUUCCGUGACCAAGGCGGCCAAGAGAAAGGUGUCAGGCCGGCGGUCCAGACAGGUGUUUGAGGCGGAGCCCGUAGAGGGGGUGUGGUCUGUCUGGGGGGAGUGGUCCGAAUGCUCUCAGGCCUGCGGUGUGGGCGUCUCACAGAGGAGCAGGAAGUGUUUACCUCCUCCACCCCCCCAGACGCCUCCCCUCUCCCACUCUCCACCUAACUGGGCAGGUUAUUUGCCCGGGGGCAUCGGUGGUCCUGUCAUCUCACCUGGGCACCCCUACUACCCUCCUAGUUACCCCGGGCAGCACCCCCCUUAUCGCUCCCCUUUGAUCCCCAUCAAUCACAACCCAGGACUGUCACUUUACCGGAACACCAACGUCGGGGAAGGAGAAGCUCCUGCACCGGGACAGGUCAAUCCAUCCCCUCCCUUUUACCAGCCAGAAUUCUCCCCAACCAAUCAAGACCAUGUAUCUGUUUACCGAUCGCCCUACCACGCUCCUUCACACGGCUACAACCAACCAGCACGGAUCAUAAGGAGGCCGACCAAUCCAGGAGCAGUAAGGGCUGGAGGAGGCGGGAGCAGAAGGUCGGUCACCCCAAAUCGGGAGGGUUUGCCUGUGAAGAGGCCUUCCAGCAUCCGUCCAGGGCAGUUCGGGUAUGGCAGGGUCCCGUUCUCUCUGCCUCUGCAUCGUCCCAACCGGCAGGCUCGACACACUGUUAACGGUACUGCAACACUAGCACCUGGGCUAGCCGUGAAUGGAGACGACGCAGAGUCAGAGAACAGGAGAGUGGAAGAUGAGGCAGGGGGUGAUGGAGAAGACAGGGAGGCAGGGAGGAGUGAGAAAGAGGAGGAGAGCACUGUAGCACUUGCUGCUGAGGAGUUUCCCACAACGACCUCCACCACAACUGGCAGCCCGCACCACAAUGUUGACCGACCCUCACACGCCAGUACAGAGCAUGGGAGGGCAAGAGUGCGAGUCCCAUCCACUCAUCACUCUCACUUCUCACGCUCCUCAUCGCCAUUUCUCCAGUCCAACCGCCACCGGUUUGACUGGCACUCAGUCACGGCACCGCCUCCUCCCGUCUCUCCUCUUGCACGCCCCAACUCCCCUGCUGCCGCUUCACAUUUUUCCACUUCUCUCCACCGCCCCAGUCCUGUGCGCAUAGACAGGGAGCCCCACCCAGGUUUCAGCCCACAGGUCCCACCUGCCGGCAACAUCUACCCACUACAGCACCCCAACAUCCCACAUGUGGGGGUGGAAUCAGGCAGGGAUGUAGGGAGGGGAGCUCCUCAGGUCUACAGAUGCUCUGGGCCGGAGAAAGAGUACCGCAGGUGCUUCUGGCAGGUGUGUGGAGGAGGUGCUUUGGACUCCAGAGCAGAGCAGUGUGCAGCCUUUAACACCCAGGAGUUCAUGGGUCGCCUCUACAACUGGGAACCUUUCACCGAGGUUGGUGCGGACAAGCAGUGCGAGCUGACCUGCAGACCUGCCGGCUAUCGUUUCUAUGUUCGUCAGGCCGAGCGUGUCCGAGACGGGACCCCCUGCUUCAACACCAGCUCAAACGACAUGUGUGUUGAAGGACGAUGCCUGACCGAGGGUUGCGAUGGGGUACUGGGCUCCGGCUCUGUGAUUGACAAGUGUGGAGUAUGUGGUGGGCGAGACACCUCCUGUCGAAAGGUGACGGGAAGCUUCCAAAACGUCACGGUUCCCCUCGGUUACCACAAGAUCCUGGAUGUCCCACCGGGAGCUACAUUCAUUAACAUCACGGAGAGACGAGCCAGCCCUAAUUACCUGGCUAUGAGGAGUGGCACUGGGUCUUCAGUUGUGAAUGGGCGGUGGGCUGUGGACCCUCCAGGGGAGUACCAGGCAGGAGGGACUACCUUCACCUACACCCGACCUAGAGCACAGGCAGAGGGGGAGGAAGAGAGAGGCGAGUCCCUCUGGGCUCCAGGACCCACCACCACACAGCUACAGCUAUAUAUAAUUUUUCACAAGGACAACCCAGGCAUCGACUAUGAGUUUUAUGUCCCGGUGGAGAAGAAGGAGGUAGAGAGGGAGAGGCUGACGGAGAGAGAGAGGGAGACACCCAGAGAGGCACCCAGGGAUCGGCUGAGGGAGCGAGAGCCAGGGAGGGCUCCACUUCGCAGUCCUCUCACCGUGUCAGUAGAAGACCCUCCCCCUGCUCCUCCUCCAGUUUCGAUCCCUUCUUUCCCCUCUUCCUCCUCCUCUGUGUUUUCUCCUCACUCCUCAGACCGGUGGACACCGGAGAGGUCACGUCCUCGAGGAUCUGCACCCAAUAGGAAUGCUCGGAUCCCCCCGCGCACUGACCUGCCGCUGGACACUCAGCCACCAUUUGUGUGGAGGAGAGGCCAACUCACUGAGUGCUCUGCUUCCUGUGGCAAAGGUUCUCAGCACAGAGUCAUUCUGUGUAUAGACCGCCAUACAGACGAGGAAGUCCCGGAGAGGAGAUGUGACUCUGCAGCCAAACCUGUCCCUGAGGAGGAGCCUUGUAACACACAUCCCUGUCCACCAUUCUGGGAGGCCAGUUCGUGGUCAGAGUGCAGUGUGUCCUGUGGCCCUGGGGUGCAACAGAGGCAGCUCCAGUGCAGGCAGAGCUUUGGAAACCGCUCCACCAUGGUCCACCCGCAGCGCUGUGCCAACCUGACCCCACCCGAGUCCACACAGGCAUGUGAGCUCCGCCUCUGCUCCCAUUGGGAGGUCAGCUCCGACUGGGGCAUGUGCUCAGUCGACUGUGGCAUUGGCAGGAGGACAAGGAGUGUGCGCUGCGUCAGCGAUCAAGGCAGCAUUGUGAACGACAAGGAGUGCAACUCCGGGGCUCGCCCACAAGGAAGUGAGGAGUGCAAUAUGGGGCCCUGUGUAACCAACUGGUACUUCACUGACUGGUCCAACACAUGUUCAGCACAGUGUGGCCCUGGGGUGCAGAGGAGAGAGGUGGUGUGUCUGACUCGAGGAGGGAUCAGAGAGGGCGGAGGAGGAGGGGACUGUGUUGGGGAUAAACCAGCAGACAUGAAGGCCUGCAACGGGGGUCCCUGUGUGCCAACAACUAUGUGGUACAGCAGCCCCUGGACACAGUGUAAUGUCCUAUGUGGCAAUGGAACUCAACGACGAGACAUCAUUUGUGUCCAGAAGAUGGGGAAUGAUUUUAUUGUCACACCAGCCAGUGAGUGUUCUCACCUGGACAAGCCUGCUGCGGUCCAGGAGUGUGAGAUGGGAGAGUGUCAGCCACAGUGGUUCACAACAGAGUGGAGCGCGUGCUCACGUUCCUGUGGAAAAGGCUUAAAAAUGAGGGAGGUGCGGUGUCUAACACAAGACAAAAAGCACAGCCAUGAUUGUGAUUCAAGCUCCAAACCUGAACAGGAGCAAAUCUGCAACACAAUACCCUGCAGCCCACAAGUCUCAGAUGAAAACUGCCGGGACAGACGUCACAACUGUGUGAUGGUGGUUCAGGCCAGGCUCUGUGUCUACUCCUACUACAAGACCGCCUGCUGUGCCUCGUGUACCCAGAGUGCUCAGCGUGCCAAGAGGCACUGACCUGCCAAUCACUGACGGCCCAGGUGUGCAAGAAGUCAAGGAUUAGGUCAAAAGGGUCCCUGAAAUGACAAGUCGGUAAAAAUGCCUAGAGUAGACAUAAUCCCUGUGAUGGCCGUCAUAUAACAUUUAGCUAUUUUCUCCUGGUUCUUCAGGUAAAACACUGUGAAAGCAGCCGGUUCCUUUUUCCAGUUCUCUGUAUGCUACUACAUAUUCCACUGUGCUUACAUCAGUUUACUAUGUGCGUUUGUGCAACAGGUUCUUAAAGUGUCACACAGGGCUAAUGCAUAAUGAUGCAUUUGCUGUGAUUUCAGCCCUUUUCUGUGGCGGAGAGAUAGCAAUGGAAGGUGCUCACUGGGGACACAGCUGUUUUUCAAUAGCAGAUGUAGCCUUUUCUUAAGAUUCUUUCUAAUCUACAGGACCUUAAAAUAGAUGCAAUCAAACAUGCAUACCACUAAUUAUGUAAAGAAACAUUGCUGAACAAAUUACCAUGUGUGCUAGAUAAACUGUAUACUGUAGUAAUAUGUAUGUUGAAGAUCUACUGGAAUAGAUCUAAUGUGUUUCUGUACACUACAGAUGUCCCCCACUGCAGUGUACAGUGGCUACCCCCCAAACGAAGCUAGAAGGAUUUCAUUUACAUAUCAUAUGUCUGUUUCUGUUUGCCAAAAAUAUUUCCUGAAGUGUCUUCUUAUUGUUCAGUUCAGUAUUUGGACAGAUGAACCAAAGUAGUGGGGUGACCAUGGCAAUAAGUGACCAAAUAUAUCAUAGCAGGAGGAGGUGAGAUUCUAAAAGAAGGAUAUUAGACAUGGAUGAUAAACCAGCAGCACAGAGUCUGUACAGUCCUUAAGCUUAUUCUUGUCAAUUACAUAUACAUGUAGAAUAUACAUGUAAAGGAGUUGUCCACAGCUAAGGUGUGAAGAUUCAUAGUUGCAAUUAUGUUUUUACUAAACUAAAGACAAUGCUGCUCUCUGAAUAACAUACAUGAAGAAAUUAACGAGUGAUAAGACUAACGGUAUUCUAUACUUUUCUUCUUGUCAACAUAUUGUUUGGGAAGUCAGAAAUCACACAUUUCUAAUUUCCCAACCAAAGUCUCCGACCCCAGGUCUUUUUGACUGAUGAUGUAAAUCUUUAAAAAUGGCUAAUAAAUAUAUAGUUUCUUUUUUUGCACUGUAGUUUUUAGCAAAUGUCACUGAAACAAGAGAAAGUAGGCAUUUGUUAGGGCCUAUUUUUUUUUAGCCACGGACAAACACAUUAACACACAUUAGUGAGGAUUUAUGACACAAGAACGGUGUAAGUAGGAUUGACUCAAAAUAAACUACAGUACCCAUUUUCAUUUUAAUGAAGGAACAUGUCACUCAUUUAUGUGUUUUUAAUAUAUAUUUUUUAAACAAUGGAGGUCUGUUUAUAGCAUAGAGAAAUAAGCUAUAUGAGGCUUUGGAUACUCAGCUAGUACAUGUUAGCUUCACUCCGCUGCUGGAUUUGGUCUUUUCAUGUGAUUUGUUGACAAUAAAAAAAAAAAAAUAGAAUAUCUCUUUUAACCAUGAACCUGGUGACGCACAGAUCUGGAGAUGUAAAAUGAUUCACCAGCUAGUUUUUGCAUGUUAGUAAUCACGGCACCGUGAUGACAGUGCCGAGGUAUUAAAAGAACAUGUUUCCUGUUUUCUCACCUCAUCUCAAUAUAUCUUAUAUUUGCAUCCAUCAUCACCUAUUGGGCGAGGAUGAUGAAUCUGUCCUAUGAGAGUAGGUGAAGUCAGAGUUAGGAAACUUCUGUCUGUUAACAGUCUGUUAAUAAGGUAGCUUAUUAUAUGGAUCAAAUGCAAUCAACCUCUGUAUAUGUUUGUAAGUACUCGUUACGCUUUUUUUUGUCUUUCUCAUAUUACUGUUUUUACUUUACUCUUUUUCACUUAAUACACCCUGCCCACUCUAAGAUGAGGAGUCUGUAUAUUUGUCAGAUAUGUUGUAAUGUCUAUAUUUUCUUUGAACACAGUAGGCGCUUAUGUUUUAUAACUGAAUAGAUUUAUCAGAAGCGUUGUUGUAGACUGCAUUUAUUCCCAUCUGUCAUAUAACUAUUAUAUUUUGCAUUCGACAAGAGAAGCAGUGACUAUUGUGCUUGUGAGUUUUGGAUGUUUGUGUGUGUAUGGUUGUGUGUUUUGCUCUUGUGGCUUUGAAUGUGUCAUUCUUGUCUUGAAUCCCCCGUAGUAAAAAAAAUUACUUUUUAUAUAAAAACAAAAAAGGAUAGUAAUUUAUCUAUUACCUAAAGAACGUGUAAUUUAUUUUUUGUUUUAAGAAGCAGUAGCAGAGUUUAUGAGAUUGUUAUUACAGAUACACAAGAUUUUUUUUUAUCAUGCAAAAAACAGUGUGGAAAAUUAUUAUCUCAAAGCUUCAUUUUAAAUAAAAUUUUAAACAACAGAGAA